CGGGUGCUCUUCCGAACCUGGGUUCCUCCGCAGCCGUAUCAGCUGAGCGGUGCCGGGGCGGCCCUGGCGCCCCGCUACUGAUCAGGAAUAGAAGAUGAACAAACCCAUAACAUCUUCAACAUAUGUGCGCUGCCUCAAUGUUGGACUAAUUAGGAAGCUGUCAGAUUUUAUUGAUCCUCAAGAAGGAUGGAAGAAGUUAGCGGUAGCUAUUAAAAAACCAUCUGGUGAUGAUAGAUACAAUCAAUUUCACAUAAGGAGAUUUGAAGCAUUACUUCAAACUGGAAAAAGUCCCACUUGUGAAUUACUGUUUGACUGGGGCACCACAAAUUGUACAGUUGGUGAUCUUGUGGAUCUUUUGAUUCAAAAUGAGUUUUUUGCCCCAGCAAGUCUUUUGCUACCAGAUGCUGUUCCCAAAACGGUUAAUACACUACCUUCUAAAGAAGCUGUAACGGUUCAGCAGAAACAGAUGCCUCUCUAUGGUAAAGACAGGACAUUUGUGUUACCUGUGCAGAAUCUUGAACAAAACUAUAUGCCACCUGACUUCUCAAGUCCAGAAAAUACAAGUUUAGAAGAUAGUGAUACACGUUUUCACAGUUUUUCAUUUUAUGAAUUGAAGAAUGUCACCAAUAACUUUGAUGAAAGACCCAUUUCUCUCGGUGGCAACAAGAUGGGUGAGGGAGGAUUUGGAGUUGUAUAUAAAGGCUACGUGAACAACAAAACUGUAGCAGUGAAGAAACUUGCAGCGAUGGUUGACAUUAGUACUGAAGAACUGAAACAGCAGUUUGAUCAAGAAAUAAAAGUUAUGGCAAAGUGUCAACAUGAGAACUUAGUAGAACUGCUUGGUUUCUCAAGUGAUGGAGAUGACCUCUGCUUAGUAUAUGUUUAUAUGCCCAAUGGCUCAUUGCUAGACAGGCUGUCUUGCUUGGAUGAUACUCCACCACUUCCUUGGCACAUGAGAUGCAAGAUUGCUCAAGGUUCAGCUAAUGGCAUCAGUUUUUUACAUGAAAACCAUCAUAUUCAUAGAGACAUUAAAAGUGCAAAUAUCUUACUAGAUGAAGACUUUACAGCCAAAAUAUCUGACUUUGGGCUUGCACGGGCUUCUGAGAAGUUUGCCCAGACAGUCAUGACUAGCAGAAUUGUGGGAACAACAGCUUAUAUGGCACCUGAGGCUUUACGAGGAGAAAUAACACCCAAAUCUGACAUCUACAGCUUUGGUGUGGUUUUAUUAGAAAUAAUAACUGGACUUCCAGCUGUAGAUGAACACCGUGAGCCUCAGUUAUUGCUAGAUAUUAAAGAAGAAAUUGAAGAUGAAGAGAAGACGAUUGAAGACUAUGUUGAUACGAAGAUGAAUGACACUGAUCCCACUUCCAUUGAAACUAUGUACUCUGUUGCUAGUCAAUGCUUGCAUGAAAAGAAAAAUAAGAGACCAGACAUUAAGAAGGUUCAACAGCUGCUGCAAGACAUGACAGCUUCUUAAAAUUUUACUGGAAUAGGCUCUUGAUUUUUUUUGUAUGCACCUAUCUAAACCAUUUUUUAAACUAAAUUUUUUUAAUAAACAUUCUUUUUUACCUUUAACAAGGCAGCAUGGAGCAGUGCAGUGGCUAUUAAAGCCUGUAUAGAACCACCAACAAAUAUAGAACAAACAAAAGUAGAGCCACGAUAUCGACCCUAAGCCCUAGCUCGUUAGUGUCACCCUCAGUUCUUGAGUAAUCCCUGAGACCUCUCCUUGGAACUCCCCAAACACGGUUUGAAAACUAUAGAAUUAGCAACAAAGAGGACUGGACCAUAGGGUGAAAAGACCCUCGGCCAAAGCCCAGUUCUACUACUAAUUUGCUGUAGAGCUUUGGGCAAGCCCUACACAGCUUUAAGCCUUGGUUUUUUUUCACUGGUAACAUUGGGCUAAUAUCUAUUGUGCUUCUCGGACAGGUAGUCAUGAAAAUCAGAUGAGGCAGCAUAUGUACGUGCACUUUGUAAUAUGUAAAGUGAUAGAAAAUUUAAAAUUUAUAUACAAUCCAAUUACAGUCAUUUGUUUAUAGGAACAUGUUCACGGUAUGCUAUUUUAAGCAAUCAUUCACCACUAACCAAAUAUGCCCUGAUGUUACUUCCAUGAUGAUAUGGUCAAUAUUAGAUUAUGUUACAUGGCAAAAUUGAAGGAAUUUUUUUAAUAAUUUUUAUUGUUAUGUUAAUCACCAUACAUUACAUCAUUAGUUUUUG